AUGGCUCUCAAAGACUACCUCCCCAACUUCCAAGCAGCCUUAACUGGCUUUUAUGAAGCAAGUUUAAAAAAUACCGUGGAAACCACCACUACUGAGUUUAAAACCCUACUCGAACAAAAUAUCGCUUAUGGACAGAAAACCCAACGAGCCUUAGUAGCGAUUGCUUUAGGAAUCUUUUUCUUACU